AUGCGAAUUGCAAGCAGGCUGGACUGUUGUGUCGUACUCACACUGGUGGUAUGGUGCUUAAGAUCAGCGAAUGUUUCGGGAACGAACGUCUACGCAGUGCUUCGUGCACCUCGUGCCACUGGGGUAGAGGCGAUGGUGUUCGCUGUGGAUCUCCAUCAAAGAGAAGCGAUGGCAAUGAUGAUGGCGUACGCGGCGUUUGCAAGGCAACAAAUUUAUUGGGCACGCGAUUUAUUUUUUGUAUUUGUCGAUGGUGGUGCGCCAGGUAUGGAUGCCUGGUUAUCAGCGUAUCACUUGGUGCGGCAUAGCGCCCUUCAUGCUGAACCUCUUCCCGAAAUGGGCGGUGUCAUCAUUGGAGGUGUUGCCAUGAAGGUAUGGAACUUAAUUAAUCAUUUCAAGCUCCUUGUGAGCGUCAGAAUUAGUGAACAUGCACUGAUGCCAGGUCUUGUGGUGGAACGAUUCGAUAAAGAUGGACUAGCAGCCGAAUACCUGCAAGGGCUCCGAGAACACAAACAUGAUAAACAGAACUACAUAUGCGAAAUGAUGAAGCAGGCUGGACUGUUGUGUCAUACUCAACACUGGUGGUCUGGGGUUAAGAUAACGAAUGUUUCGGGAACGAACGUCUACGCAGUGCUUCGUGCACCUCGUGCCACUGGGGUAGAGGCGAUGGUGUUCGCUGUGGAUCUCCAUCAAAGAGAAGCGAUGGCAAUGAUUGAUGGCGUACGCGGCAACAAAUUUAUUGGGCACGCGAUUUAUUUUUUGUAUUUGUCGAUGGUGGUGCGCCAGGUAUGGAUGCCUGGUUAUCAGCGUAUCACUUGGUGCGGCAUAGCGCCCUUCAUGCUGAACCUCUUCCCGAAAUGGGCGGUGUCAUCAUUGGAGAGCCAAACCGGUAAAGCGCCUCCAUUCGUUCGCUUGGAAGUGAAUCAUCUCAACGGACAGUUACCAAACUUGGAUUUAUUCAACUCUGUGGUUCGUAUUGCCGGUUCUGGAAAAUUUGGCAUCCACUCGAUCAUCUAUGAUGUGCGUGAUCAGGAACUGGGUGGCACCGACUGGCAUAUGUUGGUACCGUUACGUGCGAUGUACACUCAAGCUUUUGUUGCGGUUGAAGGUCUUCAUAGUGUGAUGGGCAAGUACGGAGUGCAGGCGAUUACUGUAGCAGUGCCAGCUCUGAACUCCUAUUCAUUGCGGAAGUCGACUCGUCUGCUAGAAGCCAUUGCUCGUGCUUUAAAUAAUGUAUUGGAGCGUUUUCAUCAGAGCUAUUUCCUGUAUAUUUUGGCCUCACCGGAUAAUUUUGUCUCGAUAGCCUAUUUCAUGCCUAUCAUAGGAGGAGUUCUACUACCACUUUUAAUUUUUGCAUACCGUGAUUGGACAAAAUCACUGCAAAUUGUCGUGCCUCGUUCGCUUUUCGUGAUGCAUGGCAUUGGCCUCCUCACGUGGUGCCUCUGCUCCACAUACUUUACCGAUUUCACAAGUAAUCCUCGUGCAGAUGUCUUGUAUUUGGGAAUUAGUAUGCUAGAUCCCCUUCGGGCUCAUCUACACUCCGAGUAA